CUUUCUAAGAAUUGCAACGAACUGAAGUUGUUAAAUCACGCCACGGGCGGAUACAAUUAUCCGCCCACGUGGUUUCGAUUAUAAAUAAUUAUUAUUGCAUCUAUAGUAUGUACUUCAAAUCGAUUUCACACAAUAAAUCUCACAUGUGAUGGCAUUAUUAAAGUGAUGUUCAUUUAGCAAAUUGUUCGAGACUAAUAUAAGACUAUAAAAGCUUAGAAACCUCAUAAAAAACGAAUAAUUGGCAAAUCAAGUUGGCGUAAUGCAGAUGUUAUGUUACUAUACAAUUCUCUCGCUGGUUUUCGCAACGUUUGUCAGUGCUGGUGACGUCUACUACGACCCAAAGGAUGCUCCAUUGCUGUUUCACAAAUUCAUUAGGGAUUACGGCAGACGAUACAGGGACACCGAAGAGUUACUCUAUAGAUACGUGGCAUUCACUGAUACGUUGGCUGAGAUAAACAGACUAAAUGCCGCACACCCAGAUGCCACGUUCACCAUCAACGAAUUCGCUGAUUAUUUCGAAGCGGAAAAGAAAUGGCUAAACGGAGUCAAACGUAUGUCUUAACAUGUAAUAAUAUAAUAUGUCAAUAUUUAUUGGACAACAAAGAUGUAAAUCUAUGUUGGACAAUAUAAGUUGUAUUGUCUUGGUAUCAAAAGAAGUGGAAGAAAUAUUUGAGUUACGAUCAUCGAAAACAUAAAAGGAACUACUAAU